ACCAAGGUCGAGCCGGCCGAGUGCAUUGAGUACUUUAGGCCGCAGUCGCGGAGGAAGCGUUGGACGUGGGCAACCUCGUGUGAGACGGAGGCGGAGGCGGUUCCAAUUGGGACUAGACAAAAGUCGGCGACGCAGGCCGGGGGGGUGUCGAUGGUCAUGGUGGUGGUACAGUAAUGAGGCUCAUCACCCGCAAAAACAAACAAAGAAGUGGACACGAGGGGGCUGAUCAGGCGGGUACGUAGGGCUGGAAGCUGGGAUUGUUGGGUCCCACGGGUCCUAGCGCGGGGCAGAGAGCGCCAUAUGUUACACACGUCAAGUAAGAGCCAGCGCGCCCGCCAGCCUCGUCCUUUUCUCAUCACCCGACCGGCAAGUCUGUCACUGCUCACAUUCCAUCGUUGGCUUAAGGUUGCGCCUUCCCGCUACCGCGCAGCUGCUAGAAGUAUUGCAAUCAGCGAACCGCCCGCCAGCCUACGCAAUGAACAUCUCUCCCCCACACCAUCACUACCGCUUUCCAACAAACUUCCGUCGACGCAAGCCAUGGUGAUCACAGCAUACAUCCAACGGCAUCCGCCUUGCAUGUCGACCAUUAUCUACCCGCAUUCCUUGACUCCCACCGAGAUCGAGCUGGAGUUCCGCAACGAGGGCAAUGCAAACGUCGUCUUCCGCAUCUCGCCCUCGACCCCCAACGACAGCCCCCACGCCCAGCAGCGCCGCCUCGAGAAGAUCCUCUCGCCCAAGACGGUCAAGGAACUCGGCCUGUAUCCUGACGGCGAGGAUCGCCCCAUUACACUGGACGCCUUGCUCGAGCCCGACUGGCGCCACAGCAACCAGCCCGAGCAGCAGCGCGCCUACAACCGCGAGACGGCCGAGAAGCUGGCCAAAUAUCUGGCUCGCUAUGCCGAAAACGGCCACAACGACCCCGGCAAAACUGGUUCCUUGGCGGCCAUGGAAGCUGUGGGUCUCCUUACCUUCCCUCACCGGCCGACCCUGCUUCGCCUCAAAAAGGACGUGCCGUUUUACGAGGACAGCAGCACCACGUACAACUACUACAUGAACACCAUUCGAGACUACAUCCCGGCCAGGCACCUCGUGCACCAGCACCUCAUCCGCCUGAGCCCGGGCCUCAUUGAGAAAUGCAACGCCGAAAUCAAGAUCCAAGAAAAGCAAGGCAAGCGCGCCUCCAGCCGCCUGAACACGUACAUCCACCCGGUAGAUGCCUCCGCCAUGAUCAUCCGCGACAUGACGAGCUACGACGCGUCGCAGAGCGUGACGAUUGAAUUCAAGCCAAAAUGGCUCUGGCAGUCGCCCACGGCUCCCAAGGGCGCGAGGCGCUGCCGUACUUGCGCGAUCCGGGCGCAACGGAACAGCCUCAAAGCCACCAAAAGCCAAGGCAACGAUGCGAAGGGGACAGAAAAAGGAAAGGAAACGCACGGGCAGACCCGCACGGAUCGUCGCGCUCUCUGUCCUUUGGCCCUCGCGACUGGCAACAAGGACCUUGUUAGACAGGUAAUCGAGAGGCUGGUGGACGACAAGGAUAAUUACAUUGGCCAGGUGCCACAAUGGUUGGCUCGCAAGCCUUCGCUGGCCGUUCCGCGAACCAUCACCAAGAAACCCUCAUUCUCCGAGAUCGUCGCCAGGGGUCUCCCCGGCACCCGCGAAGCCCUGGUCGAGCGGCUAUUGAAACAUUUUACUGCAGGCGGUGAGGGUCACCGCGUGCUCGAAGGCCUGCAAAACCUGCAACGCGCAUUCGACCCGCAGGGCAUCCUCGAGCACGAGCCGACGGAGGAAUUUCUCCUCGCCAUGACGCUCCGCGACUGCAGCCUCUACGUGCAGGUGCACUGGUCCGAGGAUGGGACCAUCGAGUCGCGCCUGGGCGAUCUGGACCCAAAGGUCGCAAAGGGAGGGAAGCUCGAGCAGUGGCGCGAGACGGAGCGCACGCUGAUCAAGGAGAACUGGUACUGCGGCGAGGACAAGACGUGUCUUCUGAGCAGGCACAGACAAGCUCCGCCCACCAGUGCGUCUCAGCGUCGCUGACUCUGAGUGGUGUAGUUCUUCGGACCCCGACGUUGGGGGUUUUGCGACUGCUGGGUUCGAGCGGCAGCUGGCGACGAUCGCGCCGCUGAAGCUGCAUAAAACGAAUGCCGCAUUUCCAGGGCCAGACCUCGAGACCGGCCACGAGAAGGCCUUGCCUCGCUUCGAAGGCACCACUGUCAAUG